AUGUUGGCCACCCGCCGCCUCCUGCGCGCGCCAAAGGGCGUCCCCGGCUGGGCCCAACACAUGGCCAAACAACCCAGCAAGACCGGCCGCCUCCCUCCUCAGCAGUGGGCCAACGCGCCCGACAAGACCCCCGAAUCCGAAGACAAGGUCCCGCCAACCGACUGGAAGGCCGCCGGAUCGGAAGCCCGCGCAUGGGAGGAUAUCAAGCGUCCCGACACCCAGGUGCCCGAGGGCGCCCGCCCCGUCCCACCCCAACAGGGACCCUAUGCGCCCAAGACUGACCGGAGUAAGGGCUUCAUGGACAGUUUCCGGUCCCUAUCCCCCAACCAACGCAUCCUAAUCGGCGCCACGCUCUUCAUCUUCGGCCUCGGCGUCAUCGCGUACGACAGCGUCAUCCAGAAAGAGGAAGAAGUCGAAAUCCAAGACGACCUUCGCGAGCGUCUCGCCAAAGCUUCUGCAAUCGCAAAGACUGCUGCCUCGGAAGGCGUCCAAGUCGACACUACCUCUGUCAAAGACGCGCUGAGCAAGGCAGCCGAGACUGAAGCCGAGACCAUCCGCGCUGCCACCAAGGCCGUCGAGACAGCGGCGGAACGUACCGCCGGUCGGGUGCUGGAGGAGGUUGUAGAGGACAAGGAGCGGGUUGUGGGCGCUGUCGUGCAGGCUGUUCACGCUGCGCAUGACAAGGCCAGUGGGGCGGCGGAACAGGUUCAGGAGACAGUUGGCGCGGCGGCACAGCACGCAAAGAAACACGUUGAUGCUGCGGGACAGGCCAUUGCCGAUACGAUUAAUGACGCGGCGAGCGAUGAGAACGUCGUCAAUGGUACUGUGCCCGAGCGCACUAGCGUCUUCGGCAUCCGCCUGAGGUAG